AAUAUUACUAGAACCUUCUCAUUUCCUUCCCCUAUAUCAUCCCAACCAAGUCAGCCAUUGCAAUCCCAAAAGCUUCAUCAAAGCUUGUGGUCUCCUCGUGCCAGUCCAGUCGUCUAUUAGGGUUUUCCCAUAUUUUGCUUUCUCGUCUCAGAUUUUUCCGAAGAAUCGUGAUCAUGGCCAAGUGUUACCCAGUUGUCAGUGAAGAGUACAAGAAGGCUGUUGACAAGGCCAAGAAGAAGCUCAGGGGACUCAUCGCCGAGAAGAACAUCGCUCCUCUCAUUCUCCGCCUUGCAUGGCAUUCUGCUGGAACCUUCGAUGUGAAGACCAGGACCGGUGGUCCGUUUGGAACCAUGAAGAACCCGGCUGAGCUAGCUCACGCUGCCAACAGUGGUCUUGAUAUUGCUGUGAGGCUCUUGCAACCCAUCAAGGAACAGUUCCCCAUUCUCUCUUACGCUGACUUCUACCAGUUGGCUGGUGUUGUCGCCGUUGAAGUCACCGGUGGACCCGAAGUUCCUUUCCAUCCAGGAAGAGAGGACAAGCCUAACCCUCCUCCAGAAGGCCGUCUUCCUGAUGCUAACAAGGGUUCUGACCAUUUGCGUCAAGUUUUUGGCACAAUGGGUCUCAGUGACGUGGAUAUUGUUGCUCUCUCUGGUGGACACACCCUGGGAAGGGCACACAAGGAGCGUUCUGGCUUUGAGGGACCCUGGACUACCAAUCCUCUCAUCUUCGACAACACCUACUUCUUGGAACUCUUGAAUGGUGAGCAGGAAGGCCUUCUACAGCUGCCAUCUGACAAGGCUCUUCUUUCAGACCCUGUCUUCCGCCCUCUUGUUGACAAAUAUGCUGCGGAUGAAGAUUGCUUCUUUGCUGAUUAUGCUGUAGCUCAUCAGAAGCUCUCUGAGCUAGGAUUUGCCGACGCCUAAGCAAUUGGGUCAUCCAGGAUGUUGCCAGUGCCUGCAUUUUAUUGGCUUUAAUUUUCUUAUCUCCAAUUAGAUGCGGGUGUUUUGACUGUUGGUAGAAAAGGGAAUUAGGAGGCGCUUUAUUUUGGGUUUUGUUGUUGAACAUGUUGAACAGAAAGAUAUUUGUGUAUGCCGCAGUGGUAAUCAUCCUUUUGAUUAAAUAAUUAUGUUUUUUUUA